AUGAGUGAUCUGAUUUCAAAAACUUAUAAUAAAAUUUCAGAUGUUUUUUCAAGAUCUCAGGUAAAGAAGGCUGUAGAAGGUUUACACACUUAUUAACAAAGAGUGAAAUUAAUUGAUCAUAUUAUAGAUAGAAGAUAAGAAAUAAGAAAUGCUGAUGAUAUUGCAAAAAUUUAACAAUAUGCUCAUAUUUUUAAAAAAAUGUUAAGGAGAUAUAAAAAGAAAAAGGAUGAAGAUAAUGAAUAAGAAAAAGCUAAAUUAAAGAUGGAAAUGGUUAUGUAAUUAUUUAGAGGAGAAAAGAAAAAGCAAACUUAAAAUUAUGAUUAGGAACAAUUAAAAAAAUAACAAUUAGCUAAAUCAAGAAGAAAUGCUUUACCAUAAUAAAAAUAACAAUAAUAAUAACAUACUUAAUCAACAAAGGUUGAAGAUUCUAAAAUGUUUGAAACAUCUCCAAACAGAAAUAAAAAACUUAAUAGAUUCUUCACUGAAAAAGAUCCUAUGCAAGUAGAGAAAUAAGUAGAAUAAGAAAUAUAUGAUUUCCUCUAAAAAAAUCAUGAACUUGAUUAAGUUUAAAAAGAUAGGUUUCUUAGAUUGACUGAUAAAAGUUAGUAAAUACGAUAUAUAGAAAGUAAAGUAAAGCAUCAAUUAGUUCUUCAAGAAAAUUAAUAACAAUAAAUGGCCAUUAAAGUAUUAGAUUUUAAAUAUCAAGUAACAUUACUAAGUGAAAAACCUCUUUCGAUAAAAAAAUAACAGAGGUCAUACUUAAAUUAAAUUGGCAAAAUCUUUUUAAGGAAAAUUAAAUGAUUUUAAAAUAGAGGGUCCUCUCACUUCCCGUAGAUAGAUAAAUGGAGAAGAUUCUUUUGCUUCUUAUACAGAAAUCAAAUUAAAUAAAUUAUAUCAAGAAUCAUCAUCUAUAUAAAAGACAAUAAAAACAAAGACAUUGUCUUGUCCAACAAAUCAAAUUUAAAACUAUUUAAUACAUACUAAUAGAGAUAUAAUUGAUAUUUCAAACAAAAAAUUAUUCCAUAUUUAAAAGUUUAAAUUAUGA